CUAAAAAAUAUAGUAAAAAGAACAAAUUACGCCUCCUUCUUUGCCCUCAGAGAAAAUAAAAACAAAACCCUAAUUACAGAAAUUGCGGCAUUUCUUCUUUAUUUUCUCAGUUGCUGUUCUAUUGUUCCAGUUUUUGUUUUUUCCCCCUUUGUUUCACUGAAAAUUUCGGUCGUUGGUAAUCUUCUUAUUAUUUGUAAUUAUUCCUCUUAACUUUUUGAGAAAAAUAGACGCUGGAUUUUAGGAGACGUUAAACGGUGCAAUAGCCUGGGAUUGAAGCGUGGAUUAGGGUUAGUUCUCUCCGUUUUAUUUCAUCUGCACACUUUGUCAUCUCCCUUGGAGAAUGUUUCCCCAGAUUUUAUUGUUGUCAUUUGGGUUCAAACACUAGCAGUUGGGAAAUUAUCAUCGGAAUUAAAUCUAGGGUUUUUAGUUUUACUCCAAAUAUUUUGUUAUUUAGGGAUAAUUUUUCUAAUCUAACCGAUGCAUGAGCGUUAGCAUUAGUUUGAAAUAGUCAUUCAUUCCUUUUCUUUUGUUGGCGUACGUUUUUUAUACGAAAAGGGGGUUGGAUCUUUUAAUCAAAGAUGGAGGAGUAGGGAGAGAGUUAAUUAAAAUAUAAUCUCCUUAUUGCCCUUGUCUUUGUAUUCGUGGCCAUGGCCUCUUAUUCGUGUUAAACAAAUUCCCUUUUUUGAUCAAACAAUUCCUUCUUUGCCAUUUUUUGAAUGACACCUUAAAUCUAUAGAAUUUUUGGUAACCUUGGUUAUGGUGGUUUGAAUGACAAAGGAUAGGGUAACAGUUUGAGUUCGCGUGGGAAGAAAAUUAAUUUGGUGAGUUAUCAUUUGAAAAAGUUAUCAAAAGUUUUCCUUUGAAAGGAAAAAAGAGAAGAAAAUUUUCUUUCUGAUGAUGAUCAUGUUUGAUAUCCCUUAUGGAAAAAAGUGAACCAACAUUUGUUCCAGAAUGGUUGAAAAGUACUGGCACUGUUUCUGGGGGUGGUGGCAAUUCAGCUCGCCGCCUAGCUUCCUCUUCCUUUCACUCAGAUGUUUCUUCAGUGGUGCAUCAGGGAAGACAGAGAAACUAUAUUAAUAUAAGUGAUUUUGAUUCCCCACGUCGUGCGUUUUUGGAUCGAGCAUCUUCGUUUAAUUCACGGAGGAGUUACAGUAAUGGUUCUGCAAAGCAUGCUUACAGUAGCUUCAGUAGGAGUCACCGCGAUAAGGACCGAGAAAGAGAUAAAGAGAGGUCCGGUUUUGUGGACCAUUGGGAGCGUGAUGCUUCUGAUCCUUUAGACAGUAUCUUAACAAAUCGGGUUGAGAAAUUAGGUGUCUCUACAAGUAGGGUUGAGAUUGAUACAUUGCGGCGGUCUCAGUCUAUGGUCUCUAGAAAACAGUGUGAGGCUUUGCCUCGAAGGGUUGCAGUGGGCUCAGGAGAUAGUGGUAAUAGUAAACAUAACAAUGGCAAUGAUCUGCUUUCUGUGGGUUCUAUUGGGAAUAGCAUCCACAAGGCUGGGUUUGAGAAAGAUUUUCCCUCACUUGGAACUGAAGAGAGGCAAGCGCUGCCUCAGAUAGCUAGAGUUUCUUCUCCUGGUUUGAGUUCACCUGUUGGUAAUUCAGCUUUGAUUGGUGGGGAAGGAUGGACCUCUGCUUUAGCAGAAAUGCCCGCCGUGGUUGGAAGUAGUAGCCCAGGUUCUAUGCCUGCAUGCCUAACUGCUUCUACCUCUGGUUCUGGUGGUCCAAGUGUCACAGUUGGUCUUAAUAUGGCUGAAGCUCUAGCACAAGCUCCUUCACGAACACAUACUGCUCCUCAGUUAUCUGUCAAGACUCAGAGGCGUGAGGAACUGGCUAUUAAGCAAUCAAAGCAACUGAUACCAGUGACACCUUCAAUGCCCAAGGGUUCAGUUCUCAGUUCAGUGGAUAAAUCAAAAUCCAAACCAGCAGUCAGAACAAAUGAGAUGAAUAUAGUUGUCAAGGGCGGGCAGCAGCAACCUUCUUUGAUUCAUCUUGGUAAUCAAGCUACUCAUGGUGGACAUGUGAAGUCCGAUAUGCCAAAGGCAUCUGGGAAGCUUUUGGUUCUCAAACCAGGAUGGGAGAAUGGGGUCUCAUCCCCUACUCAAAAAGAUGUAGUUACUCCAACAAAUGUCAACAGCAAAGUUACAACUAGCCAACAUGCUGUUGUUACAUCUGCUCCUGCAAGAAACUCAAACAACCCAAAGCAUUCUGCCGGGGAACGUAAAGCAGCUGCCGUGAAUCCAAUAUCUGGGUUCACUGUCGAAAAGAGAACCUCUUUGGCCCAAUCCCAGAGUCGAAAUAAUUUUUUUAAUCUCCUGAAGAAGAAGACUUCAACAAACACAUCUGUUGGUCUCUCAGAUUCAAACCCUCAAAUUUCCUCAUCCACCACAGAGAAACCUGAAGUGUCAAAGGAAGUAGACAGUGCUUCCUUGACUGCUCGUGCUAAUGAGAAUGGUUCUGCAGCAACUAGCAAUGGUGGCACUUGUCAAGAGGCUCAAAGAUUUUCUGAUGAUGGUGAAAAGAAUAUGAACUCCUUAGCUCUGUUUUAUCCAGAUGAGGAAGAGGCUGCAUUCCUUCGUUCUCUUGGCUGGGAAGAAAACUCCGGUGAUGAUGAAGGUCUUACAGAAGAGGAGAUCAACGCAUUUUAUCAGGAGUACAUGAAACUGAGACCGUCUCUAAAACCGCACCAUAGCUUGCAACCAAAGCUGGCUCAAUCUAUUGCUACUAAUUUAGAUGGAGCUUCUUUGGAAUUGAGCUUAUCUGACUCCGGAUCUGAAGCUUGACUCUUCUACGCCCUUGGUAAAAUCAAAACAAGAUCCAAUUUUUGAUGGCAGAUGAUUAGGUUUUUCUUUUUUAUUUUUGGAUGUCUUCUGUUUGAAAGGAAGCUGAUGAGUUGAGUUGGGUGUGGGUUUAGGGUUUUGAGAGGGUGCAUUUUGCAAAUAGUACAAUAAGUCCUGCUCACUUAUAACAAGAGAGUUUUUUAGGGUUUUUCCAAUGUUGUUGGAUUAGGGAAAAAGUUUGAUAUGGGGCUAUUUCGUCUGUGCAGUGGGAAGAAUGCUGGAAAGAAAGUUGCAUCGUUUAGGG